AUGCAUCCAGCUCUAUUUGUCUUCGAAGUUCUCUUGGGGAUAUUCUCUCAUUUGUACCAAAUCUCGGGGCCUUUGGGCGGGGAAUCAUUGUCGGUGCAAAUAGCACAUGCAGCACUUCUGACACAGAAAUCCCUCGCAGCACUUGCCAGGACAUGCAAGACCUUCCAUGAGCCCGCAAUGGAUUUGCUUUGGUCUGAGUUAAAUGGGAUAACACCAUUACUUGGGUGUGUACCGAGGUUAUAUCCAAUCGUAAGCGGCGCUCAGGACUUCUGUCAUCAGGCCAUUGAACCAUUAUCCGAGCACGAGGCCCGUCAGUUUUUGCGUCAUGCUGCCCGAGUGCGCGUAUUGCGUAUACACACCGACAUUCAUUUCCCCCUCCUCGUGGCAGUCCUCCAGGCUGUCGAUACAUCCUUGUUCCCGGGAUUGCGGUCGUUAUCCUGGACGGUUCGAGAUACGAAUACCAGACAUGUGCAGUUCCUCCGUUCCCCUGCGCUGUUCUGUUUGUCAGUAUCAACCGUUUAUUCGAAUAUAAAAUCUAUCGUAGCCCGUUGUCCUGCCUUAGAGGACUUAUUCAUCGACCAGUCUUUUCGCAACACAGCAGAUGAGCUGUCCCUGGUUUCUGACACAGUCCGUUCGUGCAAGCGGCUUGUAAAUCUGUCAUGUGCACCACUCGAUUGGGCAGCAUGGAAACACCUCUCCAACAUUCCUACCCUUUUUACAGUAGCCAUUCGGGGACAAUUUCUUUCCCCAUUGAACUGGGAUAGUCACGAUUUCGCACCUUUCCUCAAUCUCACGGCGCUUUCUUUCAGCGUCAAAACUGCUGCGGAUAUUACCACAGUGAUACGAUACUCAGAAUUCCCCUCACUACAAAGGUUCACAAUGCAUGUCUCCGUUUUGGCUUGGGCAGAAGCCGAGCAGCUUUGUUCUGCACUGUCACGGUGUAAAGCAUGCCCGACCCUCAGACACAUUGAAAUCAACUCCGUUAUGGUGUCAAAGGAUGACAAGCAGUUGGGCAUGCCUUUGACAGCAAUCAAACAGUUUCUGUGUUUCACGCAGCUGCAAACCCUGCGGCUCCGUGUUCAUCACUCCAUUUACCUUGACAAUGACCUUCUUAUGGAAGCCAUGUUGAGUUGGCCGCACAUCCACUCCCUGGAACUUAUGGGUCACCCGCAUUUCUGUCAACCUAUUGUUACAUUCCGCGCAUUAUUUGCAGCGCUUCGUUUCUGCCCCCACUUGCAUACCCUGCAAGUAUCCAUCGAUGCCGUAAAUAUCGAUAUCGAUCCUACAACCGAGUCACUUCAACAUACCUCCCUGCAAACAUUACGGGUGGGCAACUCUGACGUAGUAGAUGCUAGGGCUGUCGCUUGCAUCAUUUUCUCCAUGCUCCCCCGUGUCGACCAAGUCGUUGACCCCAGGAGGGCGUGGCAUCAGGUCAACUUGCAUCUCAAAGCUCUGAGAUCUUCUGCGGCAGUUGUCUGCCGCCGUGUCACGGAGUAGUGCUGACGACCUGUGUUUGGGAUGGUAUACUCAUAUACGGGGAGUUUGCCUAAAGUUGCUAUCAUAUGCUUUCAUGUUUUGAAUAAGGGACGAGCAAGGUAGAUCAUAUGCGUCUCUUCAUUGUACCUGUACCUCAUCACUGUAUUAUAUACCUUUUGGUUGGCACGUUACACAACACCC